GCGGAAGGGAUUUCUAGAUUCUCUAGACUAUCACACUGGCCAAGACACAGAGCAUCAUGAAGUGGUUGAUCCUGGUACUGGUCUGUCUCCACCUGUCGGAGGGGCUGGAGAGGUGAGUGUCUCAAUUAGGGUCUCAUUCAGACUUUCUGUUGCACUGUGUUUUCCAGGCACAGGUAUGCACUUUAAAGCUCCAGGCCUGAGCAGUUUUUUUGUCCCUGCGCUUCCCCCAAGAAAACCUGUGUUUUAUCAUUGAAUUGAAGCAAAUGGAUAUCCACAGAAGACCUAAUUGCCAUUUGCUCCAAUUCAGCUGCAAAACUUGGGUUUUCCCAGGGAAAGUGCAGGGACCCAAAAGCUUGGAGACAGAGCUUUAAAUCCCAGACCUGUGACACAAAAGGCCCUGUAGUAAUGAGUAAUGAUGGAAAUAUUACUGGAAGCUAAAUCAGGUCACACAUUUUCAGCCAAUGACUAUGUUCUUAUCUUUCCAUAGAAAAGUUAAACCCUAGUUUUUCAGGCUUCAAGACUUAUUCUUUCUGCCUUGUGCACUUCCUUGCUUUUAUUUAUUUAAUAAAAUUUAAUAUGAUGAAUAAAAUAAAGGAUAAAGUGGCACGAUGGACUGUUAGCAGUUCCCAGUACCAAAAUAGAGGAGGAAGCUGAUGAAGAAAGAGGGCAUAGGAGAGGUACAGAAGGACCAGCACUGUUGCUUUGGGCAUCCUGAGAAGUCGUCUGCAUGUCUUGUGUCUUAUGCAGAGUCAUUCUGAAGAAAGGGAAAUCCAUUCGGGAGAACAUGAAGGAGAAAGGAGUGCUGGAGGAAUUUCUGAAGAAAAACUAUGUUGAUCCUGCAUCAAAAUACCACUUGAAUGAAUACAACAUUGCUUAUGAACCAAUAACCAACUACUUGAAUGUGAGUAUUAAAAUAAUAAAAUAUGCAUCUUCCUCUCUUCUUCUGCCCAUCUUGCCUUUUCACUUUUCAGUCUGUCAAAGGUUAUAUGGCCUCAUGAAAGCAGCAUAAUUGCUCCUGUCAAGACCAUUUUCACACCACUGUCUCUGUCCAUGAUGAAUUUGGGGUUGAACAGUGAAAGUGCUUCUCCACUUUUGGAAUGAGGGAAUAAGUGAGCUUGCCCACUUUGUCACCUAGCUGGAGGGUUAGAGGUAACAGAGUAUACAACAGCAGUGUAAUUCUAAUCAUGUCACUUGCUAGGGUAGUGUAAUGGUUAGAGAGUUGGACUAGGACCCGGGAGAUCAGGGUUCAAAUCCCCACUCAGUCAUGAAGCUUACUAUAUGACAUUGGGACAAUUGUUUUAUUUUUAUUAUGGUGAAUGAUGUAUGCUGCCUGAAACCCUCUGUCCACUUACCUGAGAGUAAGUUUCAUCAAACACUUUCCUUAAGUGAACAGGAAAACAAGCUGCAGAGUGGUUAUCUUUCUAUGACAACCAUUCGGUAGCUGGUGGUUUUCCUUUUUACUAUUUUACAAGCUUGAGAGAGAGCCACUGAACAAAAAUCUAAGCCUGCAUACACCACUGAUGAGAUUUAACUUAGGUGCGGUUCCAAAAUCAGCCCUAUGCAGUGAGCAAGCAUAGAACUGAAAGCUCCAAGGCACCCCACCAGGUCUAGAUUUCACCAGCCUCUACUGUCUACAAGAUACACUAAGGGGGAAUUACUGGGGUGAAAACAGCAAUGGCUGGGUGUGCAUAUCCCUUACCUGAAUCUGACAAUGUUGUGGUGGUCGGCAUCUGUCUGUCUCGAGACACAGUGGGGUGUGCCAAUAGGGAUGAAGUCAAACCAACAAUGGGGCUUGUAAUUACAGAAGAUAAUUAAAUGAUGACAUUUUGAUUCUGUGUUCUUGCACACAGCUUGCCACCAACCCACUGUAUGAUCUUGGACAGUACUAUUGCUUACCUCCCAUUAUGGGCUAGGAUGCAUUUUGAAAAUGAUCUGAGCUGCCAUUUCUGAGUGAGAACAAUAGUAGAAAUGAAGGGGAAAUAUUGAAGCUCAGUAUUUUAAAAUGUGACAAAAUCUUUCUUCUUACCAAAAUUUUCUCCUUGGACAGUCCUUCUACUUUGGACAGAUCAGCAUUGGGACUCCACCACAGGACUUCCUUGUUGUGAUGGAUACUGGCUCCUCCAACCUCUGGGUACCAUCUGUGUACUGUAGUACAGCAGCCUGUGGUGAGUACUAACAUUCAGCUGCAGAGAAAUUUGUUUCUAUGAACUUAUUAGCCAAUUUGGCUUGUUUUCUUUUUUAAAAAGCCAAACUUAUCUCUUGUACUAUUUUUAACGGGAAUGGAAAAACUGUAUAUUAUAGUGAUAUUUUAGAAACGGCUGAUCCUUCUUUUUCCUCCUUCAGUUCAAAAUCUUUAUAACUCUCAGCACUGACAUUCUGACAUAAAAUAACAAUAGAAUGUGCCAAUGUAUUAAAGAACAUGACUCAGUUAGGAAGUGUUCAUGAUAUUGUGCUUUUUGUUUUGUUUUGCUUUACUCUAGAAAACCACAAUAGAUUUAACCCCAGUGCAUCUUCUACAUACUACAACAAUGGACAGACCUAUACUCUCUACUAUGGGAGUGGUGACCUGACCGUCAUGCUAGGCUAUGAUACUGUGCAGGUAAGUGACCAUUGCAUCACACAUUCAUCCACCUUAAACUUUGUGGCAUUCUAGGAAUCAUCAAACAUUGGUCAAUCAAAGAAAAAGCAGUCUGUUCGGAAUCCAGCAUUGCAACCAGAAUUUACUUCACAAGCUAAGAAAGAAGGGGACCAACCAAAGCUUAAGAUGGAAGCUUGUGGCCCAGAUAUUGCUGGCUGUAUGCCACUACUGCAAUAGGCAGAAAUGAGGGUUUGCUUGGUUGUUUUGCACACCACUUUCUACAUAUUGGGUACUUUGCUGUGGUGGACAAGUAGUUUGAUCCUGAUGACCGCUGAAGCUGUUUUAACAUCUGAGGCAGAAAACUCAAAAGGUCAUUUUAUGAUCCCACCCUUUUUAUUCAUUCCUUUACAAAUUAACCAGGUCUAGUGUAAGGAGAACUUCAUAAACUUUCCCAGUGAGGCAUUGGAAAUUAUGUUUGUUUAGCCCACAGUCUCAUCGCCUCUUUGUUUUUCAUUAUUCCUAAAAAUGGCAUGUGUUACCUAUUCUUACUAUUGAUAAUUUGAUUUAUUCAAGCUCAAAAUCAUUGCUGUGCCUCCGAUUGUGGAUGAAACCCAUUGUCCCUUCUGUUCCUCCCAGGUCCAGAAUAUUGUCAUUCAAAACCAGGAGUUUGGCCUCAGUGAGAAUGAACCUGCCACUCCCUUCUACUAUGCCAAUUUUGAUGGGAUUUUGGGCAUGGCUUAUCCUGCCUUAGCUGUAGGGGGGUCAUACACAGCCAUGCAGUCGAUGAUGAGGCAGGGGCAGCUCUCUGAACCCAUCUUCAGCUUCUAUUUCUCACGGUGAGAUGCAAAAAUCUGUAAGUUUGUCAGGAGGCAUUCAAAAGAUCGAUCUCAUAGAUGUUAAUCUAGAAUAACUAAAUUACAACUCCCUGUAGUAUUCUUACUGCUCCUUAAAACCAUGAAUAUCAUUCAGAGUUGAGAUGGAUAUCCCAGCCAUUUAAAAAUAUGUCAUUUGGGGAGGGUUGCAACACAUGCUAAGGUUUAAUUUCCUCACAUAGGAACAUAGGAAGCUGUCUUAUACUGAGUCUGGCCUUUACUCCAUCUGACGGUAGCUAGCCGGGAUUUCAGACAGCGAGUCUUUCACAGCCCUACCUGAAGAUGCUGGCUAUUGAACUUGUGACCUUCUUUCCACAAAGCAGAUGCUCUGUUAGUGAGUUAUGGCCCUUCACCAUUAGCAGAUCUUUCCUCAAAGACAGAUGCUCUACCAAUAAGAUGUAGCCUUUCUGCCUACAAUGUUAUGCAUACGAUCCCCAAAUGACAAUCAAGUCCCCUAUUUGCCCUGAUACACUUUAGCCAUCCUUUUGGCUUAGAAAAUGGAGUGGUGAAAGGAUGGGUUUUCUCCCUCCUUUGAAUGUAUGCUUAUCAAUCAAGAGAGAAUCUGAUCUUGGGAGGGGUGAGGGGAACCUUGUGGUCAUUCAGGAUUUGUCAAACUGAAGUAGUCUGUGCCCAAUUGUUUGAUCCCCUGCUCCCUGCUUUUAUGUAUGCAAAUAUAGACCUUCAAGACAUUCAUAAAGCUAGCCUUGACUGGUUUUGUCCAUUUCCCCACUCAACAGCCAACCAACUGUUCAGUAUGGAGGUGAAUUGAUCUUAGGAGGUGUUGACACUCAACUGUACUCAGGAGAAAUUGCCUGGGCACCCGUCACUCGUGAGCUUUACUGGCAGAUUGGUAUUGAGGAGUAAGUGAUAUUCAUAAUUCUCAUUUCAUCUAUAGCUAAUCAUGGUUUUUUGCUUUGAUUUCCCAUUGCCAUGCCUCUAUCCUGAUGAUAACAAAAGGUCUCCAGCCUCUUUGAAUGUGCAGCAUUUCUACAGAGGGGAAUAAUCUUAUUCUUGUUUGCUACUUUAAAGUGUGCGUGUGUGUGUGUGUGUGUGUGUGUGUGUGUGUCUGCAUGCUAGUACGGCAAGAGGUGGGUGUAUUUGUGUGCUCCAGCACUGGAAAUGAACCUUCAAAAACCAGGAGGGUAGUGAUCCAUUCAAAGCUAGGCACUUUAAAGUUCUAUUAGUUUCAAUGGGAGAGUUAUGCAAAACAAAGAAAAUAGUUCUAAGAAGGAGCAAUAGAUAACAAAACGGUGUUCACUGCUGCAAGGAUGAGGAUAUCCUUGCUGAAGUGUAGUAGUUUGUUUUUUUAGCAAACAAAUGCUGCCUGAAAGCUGCUGACAGGUGUGCUUGAGAAGCUCUCUGUUUCUAAAAGACUGCCAAAUGAAGGCAGCAUGGGAAAAUGAGAUGAGUCACUCAUCACCUGUCACCAGGGAAUAGUGAGAUUCGCACCACAAUAUUUUGUGCAGCACUUUCAGUCAUAAUGGAUGGACCAGCUAAUAGAAGGAAACAAACCAUGCUCUUCCCAGCACCUUGAAUGCUGCAAAAAUACAGGAUUCCAGCAACUUAGGUUGGCAAUCCUAUGAUGCUGCUUUACACUAAGGCAGCUUCUUUGGUCCAUUUUGUCUAGCGUUGCCUAAAUCUGCCUUUGCCAGCCUGAUGCUCUCCAGAUGCUUUGGUCUACAACUUCCAUCAGCCACAGUGGCUGGGGCAAAUAAGACUCAUAGCCCAAUACAUCUGAAGAGCACCAGGUUAGCAAAGGCUGUUCUGCAUGGAUUAGUAGCAGCUCUCCAGCAUCUCAGAGGUCUUUCCCAUCACCUUUUUAACAGGACGUGUGUGGCAAAUCCCUGGGUAUUACCAUUUUGUCUGCACCCCCCAGAUUACAAGCUUUUCCAACAGAAGCUUCUUCUUUUACUCAAAGCAUAGUAGAUUCCCAAAUUUUGGGAUGUCCCAGAUUUGGUAUUCACAUUUGAAAGUGGGAAACAGCAUGGAGUUGAAAACUGGAUUUUACUUUCCAGGAAAGAUUGAUCUGAAUUAAGUAAACCUCUUUGGGUUAUAGUUUAUGUGGCUAUGUAUGUGUUUCCAUGGCCAUAAUAGCUGUCUUUGUGUUGUAUCCAACUAAACUCUACUCAGAGAAAACCCAUUUAAAUUAAUGGACCUACAUUGGUCAUGUUAUUUUCAAUGGGUCUACUCUGAGUAGGACUAGCAUUGGCCACAACCCUUUGUAGCUAUAGAUGAAGACUCCUCCAUCUUAAAUAUUAGAAGGUCUUUGUGUUUCUCUUAUUGCCUGCUUUGUUCUUUGUUGCUAAUGUUGUCCUUGCAACAUUCUUUGCUUUUAUCUCUAUAGGUUUGCCAUCGGUGAUGAGGCUACUGGCUGGUGCAGUGAAGGCUGCCAAGGAAUUGUAGACACUGGCACUUGCCAGCUAACUAUCCCUCAGCAGUACAUUGGGACAUUCCUGCAGGCUAUAGGAGCUGAACAAUACAAUGGAGAGGUAGGUGGAGCAGGAAAAUUCCUGCAGCUCACUCUUCACCACAGGGGAACAGGCUCCAUCUGAAAUCUUGCGCCUAGGAUGGAUGCUACAGCCAGGUUAAGUACAAGAGAUGUGUGCUCCUAGAUGAUCACAGAGGCAUUGUCCUCACUGCUAUGGUAAAGAGAAUGCUGGAUUAGAAAAUGGGUCUCAGCCUGAUCCAGCAGGAUAAUUCUGACAUUGCUUGUUUAUUUGGUAUUUCCAUUUGUAUUUUAUUUAUGGUAGAAUUCGUUGCCAUACUGUUCUUGCUUAAAACAAAAACCAAAAAUCCCCUCAAGGCAGCUUACAUAAAAAUUGUCAAGUUCAGAUAAUUUUUUUUCAAAAACAAGGGGACUCUAAAAAGUGUCUGUUCUCUGUAUGUGACUGGAAUAAAUCAAGCUUAUGUUGUCUGCCAGUCUAUUUUCUAGUGUGGAUUGAGUCUGACCAAUCUCUGGCCUGGUGUGCUCACUGAGUAAACCUUCUGUUUGUCUCCUUUCACAGUAUGUGGUGAACUGCAACAAUGUCCAGAACAUGCCCACCAUCACCUUUGUCAUUAACGGAGUCCAGUUCCCAUUGCCUCCCUCUGCCUAUAUCUCUGAAGUAAGUGUACAACAUUGCUUAAUGGCACAUAUUAUACACCAAGGCACUUAAGCGUUAGAGAGUAUCUAGGGAUUGUACCAAUGCUCUUGAUAACACAGCCUUUGCUUUAUGAAAAGAUAGCAUUGGCGGCAUUUCACGUCAUUUUUUCUGAUCCUUAUUUUGGGGACCUUGCAUGGGUCUCUCCUUGCCAUCUUAUUUGUUUCCCUACAUUUGUAAAUGCAAAGAUCUUUUCAAAGCCUAGUCUGCUCUGGAUUUUAUCUCUAGAAGCAAGACUUGUAAGAGUACCUACAAAUGAGUGUUGGAGAAUCCUUUAAUUUUGUCAUUUCUGCCAGAGUACGGAUAGUGCUUGCUGCUUUGGCAUCCCUAUUGAUCAUGUGUGUAUUACAGUCAGUUCUAAACUUGCACAUGUGGGUGGUCAGAGACUCAGAACUAGAGCACAUGUAUUAUGGAUCUAACUCUCAUAGCUACCACAUGAGCUAUGUACUUGCAAACAAUCUCUAGGAAGUAUAUUUACAGCUAUAUAGUUAUAGCAAGUGGAUGAGCAGCCACAUUUCUAACUUGCAAUCUAAUCUGGACAUGAUUUCGUACAUCUUUUUCAAAGGCUUUAUCACAUUUUCUUCCAGCAGAGAUGGAACUUAUAACGCAUUUUCUUUUAUUUCACAGAGUAAUGGAUACUGCAUAGCUGGAAUUGAGACCACAUACUUGGCUUCCUCAAAUGGGCAGCCCCUAUGGAUCCUCGGUGAUGUCUUCCUUAAGGAAUAUUAUUCCGUCUUUGACAUGGCUAAUAACAGGGUGGGCUUUGCACCAUCGGCUUAGACAACACAAAGGCCAUUCCCUCUUUAGUCUACUGCUACUGUUCUCUUGGACUCAAAAGAAUCAUAUUAAAUUAUGUUUGAAGGAACAUUGCAGUUUCUGGAUUUUCUAUAGGCUGCCUGUCCCAGUUUGUAUGUCAUCAGUUCUCUUGAGAGCCACUGAAAUGGGGAGAUAAGCUCCAAUUUGCCAGAUUGUAGCCUCCUUCUCCCCAUCACAACUGCACUCUGCCCUGGAAGAAGCAUACAGUAGUAGCCCUCUGGCAGGCUGGAAGGAGCCAAAUUUGCAUGGGGACGACUCUCCCUGUGCACUUUCCUUGCUAUUGCAAGCACUGAGUGCUUGUGAGAAACUGAAUUAGAUCACCUAAGCAAUCUUAAGCAAAAAAAUACAUUUUAAAUACCUGAUUGAAUCCUAGAAUGAAGGGGCCAAGCUGGAAUGUUAACUGCAAGAGAGUUCCACUAUUCCACCCCAAAGGCCUGUCUUGUGUGCUCAUCAACCUAUCUGGUUUUCACUGGCAAGCACACAAACAGCAGAUCUUAUAUUAUGGGCUGGGACAUACCGUACAGGCAAUCUUUUAACUAACCAGACUCAAAACUAUUUAGGCACUUUGAAUUGGGCCAAGAAACAUAUUGGCAGCCAGUGUAAUUGGCACAUAAUCAAUUUCACAUAUUCACACCUUCAGGCUCCUGCUAGCAUGCUGGAGGCUGAGAGGCUUUUUUACCAGCUGAAAUUUCCGAACCGUCUCCAGAAGCAGCCCCAUGUAAAUGGCAUAGUAGUAGCCCAGCCUGACACAUGGUGACCAAGGCCAGGUCAUGUAUCUCCAGACUGGGCUGCAGCUGGUGUUCAAGACCGAAAUGAUAGAAUGCACCGCAGAGAACUGCCACUACCGAUGCCUCUACUGACAGUGGCAAGUCCAGGAGCACUCUCAAGCUGCAAACUCAAAACUUCAGGGGGAGUGGAAUCCAGAUUAGUGGGAAGAGAAAAAAGCCUCUGAUCUGAAUUGUCAGCUAUUUGUGAAAGAAAAAUACUAGGCUUAAGGACAAAUGAUGGGAUUAACAUUUAGCUUGGCCCUCAAAUGGCUUUAAAAACGAUUAGUCAAUCUCAAUUAUCAGUUUCACCACAUAUGAUAAUCUGACCCAGAACAAUGAAUAUGUCUCCAAUAAAGUUAGUUUAUAUAUGUGGGUGACAUUUUAAAGAUGAUGAAUACCACCCAUAAACGAUUUAGAUCGAAUGUUUCCUCACCUUCCACGAAAUUAUCUUCAGUGUUUCCUCUUUCCAGACAUUCCACUCUCUGUAUGAUAUAAGACACCUGCCUGAUUUCCCCAUGCUAUUUCCUUCAAUUGAACCACAAGAGAUGUGGCUAAACGUUCUAAGUCUAUGCAUACCAUAUUCUGUCCAGGGCUGGUCCAAGACAUUUUGCUGCCUGAGCAGAAGCAGGAAAUUGUUCCCUCUGACUUAAGGUGCAGACUAGUUCCCAAAGCUGGUCAAGUAAUUUUGGUACUUGAGGCAGAAAACCCCACAAGCACCUUUCUCCCUUCUUGGGAGGAAAAAUGCAGCAUUAAUAAAUUAAAUAACUAAUCACUUGCAGCCCUUUCAUGGCACCCCAAAAUUAACUGCCUGGGGCAACUGCUUCAUUCUGCUUAUUGGUAGGGCCAGUCCUGAUUCCUUCCACUCUUCAAAACACUUAUAUUAUUGUGCAUCAGUGAAAAGAUGUCCUGUGAAGAGUACAAACUGAAACAUUGGAGGAGCCCAUUUUCCUAUCCAAGAUUUCCAUCCAAGGAAAGCUGUCAAUAACAACAGAAAUGCUUUCUAUGGUCAGUUCUGCUGCCCAUCUGGAAGCUUCACUGAAGUCCAGAACUGAAAGAUUUUGUCAUGUGAUAUGUUCACAAGCUGUGUUGACUGAAAUCCAUCACCUUGUGUCUUUCUUUUGUCUGUGUGUACAAAUGUAUAUGUGUAUGUACAUGUAUAUGUGAAAAAUGUUAACAAUAAAAAUAUAAUUAGAAUGACUGAACCAAUUAUGGAUAGUCUAUCAAUAUCUAAAAUGGUUAUGGGACAUAAUACCAGAUACUUGGGGCAAACAAUAGAUGGUUUUCUUCAUUGUACCCUAGUUAUGAGCUAAUCAGGGGCACCUGAUAGAUGGCAAAAUGGUGGCCUACAUGGAUCUUUGGUCUGAUCCAAGAAGACCGUUCAUAUGCAUCUGUUAAUAAUAACAAUAAAAGAAACCUGUUAAGC